AUGGACAUUUCUGGAGCAAACCCUGUAAGAAGGGCUGAAUUCUACAUGCCGACAUUUCAUACAUUUCUCCUGGCAUUUCAGGUUGUGUGGAGUGAGCAGGACUUCCAGUACCUGAGACAGAAGCUGUCACCUACCUACCCAGCUGCACACCACUUCCGGAGCGGAAUCAUUGGCAGUGGCCUCUGUGUCUUCUCCAAACACCCAAUCCAGGAGCUCACCCAGCACGUCUACACCCUCAAUGGCUACCCCUACAUGAUCCAUCAUGGUGACUGGUUCAGUGGGAAGGCUGUGGGGCUGCUGGUGCUCCAUCUAAGCGGCAUGGUGCUCAACGCCUAUGUGACCCAUCUCCAUGCCGAAUACAAUCGACAGAAGGACAUCUACCUAGCACAUCGCGUGGCCCAAGCUUGGGAACUGGCCCAGUUCAUCCAGUGUGUGAGCCUGGGUUUGAACGGGGAAGUGGGAUGGGACCCAGGGGCUGGGGGUGAACAAGGCCCCAGUCAUGGGGAAGAGCUGGUGAGGGAAGAAUUCCCGCCUCACCAACCUGGUUCCCCCAGCCACACAUCCAAGAAGGCAGACGUGGUUCUGUUGUGUGGAGACCUCAACAUGCACCCGGAAGACCUGGGCUGCUGCCUGCUGAAGGAGUGGACAGGGCUGCGUGAUGCCUACCUUGAAACUCGGGACUUCAAGGGCUCUGAAGAAGGCAACACCAUGGUACCCAAGAACUGCUACGUCAACCAGCAGGAGCUGAAGCCGUUUCCCUUUGGUGUCCGCAUUGACUACAUGCUUUACAAGGCAGUUUCUGGGUUUUACAUCUCCUGUAAGAGUCUUGAAACCACUACAGGCAACGACCCUUACAGCGGCACCCCCCUCUCUGAUCAUGAAGCCCUGAUGGCUACUCUGUUUGUGAGGCACAGCCCCCCACAGCAGAGCCCCAACUCUAUCCACAGACCAGCAGAGAGGUCGCCGUUGAUGAGUGUGCUAAAGGAGGCCUGGACGGAGCUGGGUCUGGGCAUGGCUCAGGCUCGCUGGUGGGCUGCCUUCGCUAGCUAUGUGAUUGGCCUGGGGCUGCUUCUCCUGGCACUGCUGUGUGUCCUGGCGGCUGGAGGAGGGGCCAGGGAAGCUGCCAUACUGCUCUGGACCCCCAGCGUAGGGCUGGUGCUGUGGGCAGGUGCGUUCUACCUCUUCCACGUGCAGGAGGUCAAUGGCUUAUAUAGGGCCCACGCUGAGCUCCAGCAUGUGCUAGGAAGGGCAAGGGAGGCCCAGGACCUGGGCCCAGAGCCUCAGCCAGCCCUACUCCUGGGGCAGCAGGAGGGGGACAGAACUAAAGAACAAUAAAGCUUGGCACUUUAGUG